AUGCCAUCGUCAAGGCCCCUGUUGCGGUCGUUGGAGGCACUGCCGUCGCAGCUAUCCGGUUCUCGCUAUGUCUGCACGAAUUGCCGCUGGCAAUCGCUCCCAAGAACCCGAAAUCUGAUUUACACCGCAAGCCGUCGAUACAACUCGUCUGACAACCUUCCAUUCACCGAAAUAGUACGACGAAAGCUAUGGGGUACAGAAAAUCCUCCAGGUCUGAAGGAUCCAUAUGGGGGUGAAAGCAUACUCGAGAGAAGAGCUCGUGAGUUUCGAGAGUCGAAAGGAGAAGUCUCCAGAGAGCCCGAGUCGCACGAAGUCCCAGAAGAGCCUGUCCAGGCCGCAACGGCGGAAGCAAGUGCUGAGCCAGUAGGGGAUUAUGUACCUGCGACGACAUGGGAUGGCUUAGAACAUAUUGGAUCCUUGGGAGAAUGGUGGGAUAAACCAGCAACCGAGAUGGAUAGAUUUGAUGCAUUUAUGCGACGUGAAAAGGUUACGAACAAUGACGAUAUUUUAGCUAUCCUGCACCAGGUUAUGGUCGAAUUGAGCGUUUUGAAAGAGCUCAAUAAGCCACUGGGGUCUGCCUGCGAUAUUUUGGAACAUGGACCUGAGACUUUAGCUCUCAUCAACCAGGUCGAGGUUACUCCAUCUACCGAUGGGUCUGAAGCUGCAUUGGCUUUCCCCAGCGAAGAUGUGAAGGCUAAAAUCUUUGAAUUCUUCCGUGAAUUUGACGCGAUUUCUACCGAGGAGCCUGCAGCCACUGAAGAAGUCCCUUCGACGGAGUCCGAGAUGAACUCUGCAUCCGAACUCACGCAGGAGACGUCGUCCUUCGAACUUAGCCCACCUAAGAAUACAGAGUUCCUAAAUGUUGCCUUGGGAUCUCCAGAUUUGAAAUUUGCCUACCUUAAAAGGGCCAGUCAGUUGACAGGACAUCUCAUUCCCGACCACGAACUUGCAUCAAUGUCCAAUCCCUCAGCUGUCCUAGAAUAUCUCAUCCGCGCUUCGACUCCAAAACCAACCAAACUUGCCGACCAACUCCUCGCCGAAGGCAUAUUCGAUGGCAUCCCUAACGUCAAGAUUUACGAUAGGAGACAAACCCCCAUCGACCGCGAAAUAGAGACCGGCCAAUGGAAAGUUAUCGAGGAAGAACUUAUUAAGAGGGGUCUACCGGUUACUGGCCGCAAAACAGCAUGA